AUGGAAGAUCAGGACACAGUCGAUGUUGUAGCUGGGAAUGGAUCCGAGAUUCUCAUGUGAAAUGGGUAUUUGAAUCAUUACCAUCGAUUGGAAUGACUUUCAUACAGUUAAAUACCAGGAUGAGUCAUUCGGAGCUGGUGAACGAAGUGAAAGAGAAGCUAAACUUGACGGCAUCGAACAUCUCUUACCAUAGUUGGUUGGAGAUUGAUGAGGGGGAUGCGUGUGAUCCGCAAUACAUAACCGAUGAUCAAGAAGUAGCUGUCUUUGUUGAAAUGAGGCGAACUAUUGAGGAAGUGAAUCUAUGCGUUACAUCAAGCCGAUUAGUUCACAGAGUGCAAAUGGAAAUAGGAGAAACACACCCUCAAAUUACAACUGGUACUGCAGUGGAACGAGUUGCUGGAGAAGGCGAUUCAGAGCAUGACGAGCACUGGCAUGAAUUUGCCAUGUCCGAAACACCUAUGACACUCCCGAUCAUCUGGACGCCUGCAGUUAAAGCCAAUGAUAAAAGGCCCCAGAAUACUAUACUACGAAAAGGAACUGGUAUCAAUAUCAGAGAGGGUGAUCGAUCAACUCGACCUAUAAGCCAUCUUACAACUUCCGUUUCGAAGAAAGGUAAGGCCCCUGCUUCGCCAAAGGAUACCGCUUCCGACAGCGACGAAGCUAUAAACACACAAAUGAUACCAACAGAGAAAAGGUCUCUAGUGCCCAUUAGGAGGAGGCUAUUCCACGACUCGGAUGGAGAAGAGGAGUCAGACUCUUACUCAGGGGAGGACGAAAUAGAGGAGAAUGUUGAUGGUGAAGGGACGUCGACAUUAACCACCUAUGGGAAGUUUGAGGAGUCCCUACACGCAAUGCUGAUAGACAACGGUAACGAUCCGGUGUUGUUCGCUAGAGACGCACCUCCUGUCUUUGAUAUGGGUGAGACUGAUGGUAAGUGGAAAUUGGUUAUGCAGGUUUACCCUCUCGCUCAUCAUGCCGCGUGUGCGGUGCAUCUAUUUCGUAAUGUUCGUGCUUCUUACCAACCCAAGCGGCUGGCAAAUAUCGUGAAAGAUGCUGCUCGUGCAUGCACAAUGAAUGAGUUCAAUAAGAAAUUUAUUGAAAUUCAAGGAUUGAAUCCUAGAUGUGCAUCUUAUCUUGUUGACAUUAGUGAGUGUAAAUACAAAAUCAAGUUU